AUGAUGGAAGAACAGGCACGACGUCAAGAGGAACAGGCACGACGUCAAGAGGAACAGGCACGACGUCAAGAGGAACAGGCACGACGUCAAGAGGAACAAGCACGACAAAUGAUGGAAGAACAGGCACGACGUCAAGAAGAACAGGGCACGCCGAUUGAUGGAGGAGCAGGCACGCCGUCAGGAGGAACAGGCCCGUCAUCAGGAAGAACAGGUUCAGCGAUUGAUGGAGGAACAGGCUCACCGUCAGGAGGAACAGGCUCGCCGACAAGAGGAACAGGCACGCCAAAUGAUGGAAGAACAGGCUCAGACACGUCGUUUGAUGGAGGAACAGGCUUGCCGUAUAGGAGAAAGAUUAGGAGAUCUGAAACAAGAAGUAGAUAA